AUGGAAGCUGUUAAUAGCAAGCAAGAAGAUCUUGCUAAGGAGGACUUAAUAGAUAAUGUUGAAGAGGUGGCUCAGAUGGGAGAUUUAUCUCCUAAUCAGACUAAGCCACUGAAACAAAAGCAUGCUAAGGAUUUCUUUAAAUAUUCCAAGGGAUUGAAGCAAGGGGAUCCUUUAUCUCCUACUUUGUUUAUUAUUGCAGCAGAGGAGUUUUCAAGAAGUUUGAAGGAAUUACUAAAGCUGAAGAAUUUUAAAUUGUUUGGCAUGCCUAGAGGAAGUCCUAAGUUAAAUCAUCUUGCCUUUGCAGAUGAUAUGAUUAUCAUUUGUAAAGCAGAAGUAGGGACUUUACAACCACUGACAAGUACUUUGGAGAAAUAUGAGUUGGUAUCAGGGCAAAGAAUUAACAAGGAGAAGAGUGCUCUGUAUUUUCAUGAGAAGGUGUCUAAUGGUGCAAUUAUUUUGGCAGAAAUGGCUACAG